AGCUGAAUUGGUGUUACAAUCCUCAAGUGAGAAUGAAUUCUGCAACUGGAGUAAAGGAUGUAAAGCUCAUCAGCCGUAACGUAUCUUGAGACAGCAGAUCAGAACUACUUACAAAAUAACAAUGGCAUAUUUUGGGUCAUUGGGAAUAAAGGCCAGACUCGUGCUGUUAUAGUUAAUGUCUUAUUCUGAAAAUACCUUUGUCCCUUUUCUCACCCUUUAAGGCACCUGCUAAAUAUUUUUGUUUAGAGGGAAGCCAGCACAAAUCUUUGCGCACUAGGAACACAGUGAGUAACCUGAUUUUCAUUCUACCUCCAAUCUAUGGUGCGAUUCAGACCUAUAAAGAUGGCCUUGAAAAACGAUAUUUAGCUGCAUUUUUUUGUCUCACAGCUGUUGGAUUGGGAUCCUGGUGCUUCCACAUGACCCUGAAGUAUGAAAUGCAGCUAUUGGAUGAACUGCCAAUGAUAUACAGUUGUUGUGUGUUUGUCUACUGCCUGUAUGAAUGUUUCAAGCACAAGAACAGUGUCAAUUAUCCUCUGCUUUUUGUAUUAAUAACUUUCAGUGUCAUAGUCAGCAUGAUUUACCUAAAUUUGAAAGAGCCUGUAUUUCAUCAGAUUGUGUAUGGAGCACUAGUUUCUGUUAUAGUACUUCGGUCUGUAUAUAUUGUAUUGUGGGUAUACCCAUGGCUUAGGGGUCUGGGCUAUACAUCCUUAAGUGUAUUUUUAAUGGGAUUUUUUUUCUGGAACGUAGACAACAUUUUCUGUGAUAAAUUAAGGGGAUUACGAGAGAAGAUGCCUCCUGUUGUGGGAGCUGUGACCCAGUUUCAUGCUUGGUGGCACAUUUUUACGGGCCUUGGCUCUUACCUUCACAUCCUGCUAAGCUUAUACACAAGGACACUUUUCCUGAAGUACAGGCCAAAGGUGAAGUUUGUUUUUGGCAUAUGGCCUAUUCUGCUUGUGGAACCCCCCAAGAAGCACUGACUGUGAGACAUCCAACCAACCAAGUGUGACCACUGGCUGAAUAAAGAAACUCCACAGCUGUUGACACUGAUGUGGCAAAAUUAUGCAUCAGCUCAAGGGUUGUGUAGCAGGAAAUAGACUUCUGUAUUACUGGUAUUGCCAGGUACAGCACAGAGCGAAGAGUCGGCGCAUUAUGGGAAUAAUGUUUAGAACCGUUUUAUUGUUAAGGUGUUAAAACAAAAUUAAGACACAAUAUUUUGUGUGUAUAUGUUGUAUAGCUGAAGAUACUGGGCUAAUAUUUUGUGCUGGUCACAGAAACCUUACCAUUUUUUGAAAUGGGUUGCAUAUGUUUUCAUUCAGUUGUCCGUCUGGUCUGUGGUUUAAACUAAUAUAGUAACUGAAUUAUGAAAAUGGUAGGCCGAGUGAUGGCCAAUCUAAGUAUCCAGGGGGCCUGUCGUGAAUUGAAUCCUUCUGAACUAAUUCAGGCUUGCACUUUUAUACAGUUUAGUGAAGUAUGCAAUUAUUUAGGGCUCUCUUUUACUAUGCUUAUAUAUUGCUAUUUGCAGUAAGUCAAGGGAAUGGGACGCAUAGAGAAAUUGUAUUAAAUUAGGUCAGGCUUCCAUUUUCAUUUUAGGACUCAUCGGGAGUGUUUUCCAGCAGUGUCUGGGGAUAGGGUGCACCAAUGCAAUGGCUCCAGGACCCUUUAAAAAGGGGUUUAGAGUCACUUAGACAUUCUUGCUAUGAAUGUGAGGAAACUUGACAACUGUCCCAAGUCCUUCUAACUGCGUGAGAAUCCAGGAGGCCAUUUCUGGUAAUUCUGAAUAUCCCUAGCAAGAACUGAACACCCUUUACUAACCCUUCUUUCAUUCUGCAAAUCAUUCAUGCUCACAGCUUCACAGCCACUUAAUUUAAAUGCAUGUUUAUAUAUGUGUUGGUCUAGCUUUAAAUUCUCUCCCUCUCCCCCAUAUUUUUCAAUCUUACAAAUAUUCACCGGCUUGUGUUGAAGGUGCUAAGUAUCCUUCAUUUGCACUGACUUCAGUUGGAGUGAAGGGUGCUCAGUACUUAUGAAAAUCAGGCCUUUUUUCGGUCUGCAUAAUUGGCAGCACUCUGAGGCCAUGUCUAUACUAGAGACCUUACAGCAGUACCGAUGCAGCUGCACCACUGUAAGGUCUCCCAUGCAGCCACUCUAUGGCAAUGGGAGAGAGCUCUCCAGUCAACAUAAUUAAAUCACCCCCAACGAGCGGCAGUAGCUGUGGUCAUAGGCACUGACUUCCUGGGGCCUCUGGGUUUGCAGCAACCACUGAAAAAACCGGCAGCACUCUCCUGCCAGUAACCCCGCUGAUCGACUUCUCCCCCUCCUUCCCAGUGCCUGCUGCCUGCCACAGUUCAGCCGUUCUGUGGCAUGCAGGAGGCUCUGGGAGAGAGGGGGAGGAGCGUGGACAGAGCAGGGGUGUGGCCUUGGGGGAAGGGGUGGAGUGGGGGCAGGGCACCUAUAAAGCUGCUUUAAAGGUCUGCAAAGUCUUGGCCAUGUAACUUUUUUUGUUUUACUUCUUCAAAAGAUAAGACUAGAUCCUGUAACGUACAAUCAAUAUUAACCAAAAUUAUCUUUUCCUUUAAAUGUGUUUCUCUGUCUGCAGUUUACCUACAGACUUUAGAGGCCUUCCAUAGUACCACUAUCAGUAUGUAAAUCUUUAAAUGGUGGUUUGACUGGCAGUUGACAGCUAGCUUGCAGUCUGUGUAAACAUUAUCUGAUAGAUCUGCAACUUAAAUAGAGCUAAAGUCACUAGUCAGGAACCCAUCUCUAUUCAGGCAGGGUGCUUAAGUGCCAUUGAAGUCAAUGGGAAUUAAGCGUGGGCUUUCCUGAAUUGGGCACCAUAUUUAUUUGGGAAAAAAUCAUUUCUGAGAAGAGCUUUGCAGUCGGUUUCAAAAAUAGCACUAAAGAGGGUGCUGGUUCUCCCCCACCAAAUGCCCCAAAGCGAGCCUGGGCCCUGCCCUUGAGGAGCUGGACUUCUGGAUCUUUUUAGUCCCCUCUGCCACAAAUGGAAGUCAAGCACAUGCUUUGUUGAAUUAGGGCCAGAAGCACCAUCCCAUAGCUGCAGCAUGCAGAACAUCUCAACAGUCACUGAUGGCCUCCUGGUUACUUAAUAUUUUUUUUAAAACUUUUUUUUUUCAGUGGCCUUAUUUUUCUUGUUGCAGAAUCUGGGGGGUUAUGUAUUUUCGGGACUUACCUGUGUAUGUGCAGUCACUGCUGUGUGCUAAAAGCCAAUUUCCCGAUGAAGAGAUGUCUCUGCUUGUAUGAGAUGUGUUUAAAAAAACUUGCUCAACAUCCUACGUGCUUGUGAGAAGCAAGAUAGUACAUUUCUUUUCAGAUCAUGUGAAAUUAAUUUAUCAGGAUGUCAAAUAAGUGUUAACAUGUCUUGUCAGUUUGCUUCUGUUUACUUUUUUUUUUGUUCAGAAAAGUAAAAAUAGUUUUAGGGUUUCUGUUUUUAGCUUGUUUUGCAAGGUGGCUUAUUCUUUCAUUUUUUUAAGUAGCCAAAACACACACUUUUCCCCAAGAGCCUCUCUUCAAGACAUUGCCACUACAUAAAGAAUGUAAAUUGAGAUGUGUAAGCCUCUAACUACAAAUAGUAAUCUAAAGUGAUGGAUUUGUUGGGAAGCACUACCUUACAAAUUGUAAGUCCUAUUGAAAAUGUCAGGACAGAAUAAACUUUAUAUUCUUAUUUCAAACAUGACAUCCAGACGGCCUUGUUUAGUUGCUUGAAAAAUAGAUAUACCAGACUACAGUGUAAAGAACAUGCAUGUAUCUGUUACAUUUCUACUUGUUUAUAUUCCUUGUAUGACCAAGCAGAUCAAGGAGGUAUUUAUUUUCUGAAAUCUGGUGUACGCCUAAACCUUAGCUACGUCGCACAGGGGUGCGAAAAACUCUCACCCCAAGAAAUGUAGUUAAGCCAACCUAAGCCCCAGUGUAGACCCUGCUAGAUUGACCUAGCUACUGCCUCUCAAGGGGUGGAUUUACUGCAGUGAUGGAAAAACCUCUUCUGUCGCUGUAGCAUCUACACUAUGGCACUACAGCGGCACAGCACUUGUGUGGCUGCAGAGCCUGAAGUGUAGACACAUCCAUAGAGCAGCAGAUCUCAAACUUUUAGAGUGGGUUACAUCUGACAAGACAGUGUCACAUGGACCAUCUUCCCUUCCCAUGUGUGAGCUCACUACAUCUCUGUGGCUGUUACUGCCAUGGAAAAGUAACAUUCGCAAAGUAGCAAAUGUGUUUUGAUGCAAUUUAAAGGUUGGAAACUUUAACUCUGUGGCCUGUGUCAUGCAAGAGGUCAGGCUAGAUGAUCAUACUGGUCACUUCUGGCCACAAAAAGAUCUAAGGAAAACCAGGAGGGCCUUUACCAUGUGACCAAUCAGCUCCCCAGUGGACCAUCAGCAAGUGUUUCACAGAUCACAAUCUGAGAACCUCUGCCUUAGAGUCAACAUUAGGACAUUUAACCUUCUCUGACCAUAAAAAUCCACACCACGCUUUUCCCCCAUACGUCAGGAGUCAGGAUUUUUUGGAUGCAGCCCAACAAUGAAAAGUGCUUUUGCAACAAGUAGAGGAUGUGGCAGAUUCAGACCUACCAGCAAGGAGGAAUCUCACCUACAUCUAACUUGAAAGCAGAAAUGCAAGUUGGCUAACACUAUUAGUUAUCUCCAGAACUCUUCUUCCUUAUGGGGGAGAAAAUGUUUCUUCUUUCAGUUCUAAUACCAGGAGAUGCACAACCAGCAAGUGUUUAGAACAAACUGAUCAUUUUAAAAGCACCAUAGAGUUAGAAUUUGUAAUAUGCAAUAGAAUUAUCACUUGCACAUCUACCUCUGUCAUGUAUAUUGCACACUAUCAGUGCCCUUAAUUUAAGGAUGCAGAGAUAAAGACAAGUAGCCUAACUCAGACCUCGCAACACUAGCAGGAUUGCAAAGUAUUGAACUAAUCUAUGGCUGAAUAUAUUCGCUGUAGGUAAGUGGAUUUGUUAGAUACCUGUCCGAGGCUUUCUGCUUAUACACUUGAUCCUGUUCAUCUGCACUCAAAUUUUACUGACUUUUGUAAUGGGUGUUAUGAACAGAAGGGCCACAGAUUCAAGGCCUUAAUUCUAGAUAUCCAAUUUAAACCUGCUUGCCAGUAUAGCUGUGCAUUUGUUACCUUUAGGUGGCUUAACAUAUAUAACUUGUAUUUGGUGUAUGAUAGGUGGCAAGUAUGUGAUGGUAAAAAUUCUAUUUUAUAAAUACUGUUUGAUUUUUUCCUUUGGGCCCCUCUGGCUCUAAAAUUAAUAUAUUCACUCCUUGGCAGGACAUGUUAAGCUAAAGGAGAAGUUUAAAGCUACUUGAUUUUUUUUUUGCUUGUUUUUAUUUGAACUUGGUUGCUUGCAAUAUCUAGUUCCCAACAGCUGGUUACAUUUAUCAGACACAGAAUGAAAAGUGGGGAGGUUAAUGCUACCCGCCAAGAUUCUCAAAACCACAAGCCGAAACCUAGGCUUCCAAUUCCAUGUUUAGGCACCUUACCAAGUGGCUUGACUUUCAACCCGCUAGGCACCCCAGCAGUUUCCACUACCCUCAGUGUUUUUGAUACCUACCCACCUUGUGUACUGUGGAUUCAGCAAUUGGGCAGCAAUCACUAACACUUAUUAAAUGCAUUGUAUCCAUUAGUCAUUUAAAAUCAAUUUAUAUAGUAUUUUUGGCAUCUGAUGGCAGGAGAUGAAUGGUCAGGAGGAACACUGCAUACUGGAAGAUUUUUUUCUUAAAUUAUAAUGAUGGCUCAGGAAGUGACUAAGUCAGGGCAGUCUUUUCCUCAACAGCUCGGUGGUUCUGAGAGUCAGACCUUCUGUAUUUUGCAGUCAUUAAGGCCUGAUCCUACAAUUGACAAUAUGCAGAUGAAGCAACCCCUUGAUUUUAGUGGGGCUGCACCUGCGUUGUGUAAAUUGCAGGACUGGGGUUUAAAUGUACAGUUUGGUUAACGCUCCAAAACUAGUAUAGCUGUAGAAGAAAAAUUCUAACUGGAGAAACAUUUACUGAUGGAAGGCAGGAGAACAUAGUAAAUCUUAACUGGAGUCAGUGAGAUAAUAAAUACAGAAUCCCUUAGCAUCAGUUUUAGUCACUUUUCCUGAUAACUGCACUUUAGACACCUGUGUGUAAUAGGCUUGAAUGUUUUGAAGCCUGUAUGCUUAACUUUUAAUAUGGAUUCUGAAUUAUUUACUAUAGAGGUACUGUAGAUGGAAUAUUAUAUGCAAUAUAUUGGAUAUUACAGUGUACCUUUACGUGGAUGGACUAUAGAAUGGAUUAUUCUGUACAUGAACAAAAAUGUCUCUUGCAUGUCAGGGAUGUUCUCUACUUUUUUUGCUUUUGAAAAUCCUAUAAUAUAAUGACACAGUUAAGUUUUAAAACGUUUUGUGUCAUGGAGCAUGCAGAAUUACAUACAAUUAGCUGAUGCUGCUAAGUGCCUGGUUUUUCUCAGUCACCAUGUUCUCUGAGCAUGAAAUUAUACUGGUUUUUUGUUUUGUUUUUUGAUAGUACGGGCAAGAUCCCAAAGGGUGGUGGUUUUCGUUACAUGAUUAUUUAGGUAUUCCAAAAAAAACCCCACCCUAUAAUGCAGAAUUCCAAAUGGUGGUGUUUUUUUAGUGGACCUCCAGAAAUAUGCAAUACUGCAUUAUCUAGCCUUUUGCUGCCUUAUUACUCAACUAGCACAAUAAGCGUAAUUUCCAUACGUCUCUUAUUAUCGUAGUAUGAAUCAGUUGAGAUUUUAAAAGCCAACCAAGGGACUUAACCACACAGCCCCCAUUUAUUUCAAUGAGAGCUGUGUGGCUAAAUCGCUCCUGAUCCUGCAAUUUGGCAGCGCCUGGGUGGACUGCUGCUCCCACGGAGUCUCAUCGACUUCUAGGGAGUUCCAUGCAGGCACAAAUCAGGUAGUUACCUAUCUUGAAAAUGCAUUGAUGAGAGUUUGCAAGUGAAAGUUUAAUGACCCAUUUGAUUAUCUGGCAUGUCAUGAAUCUGGUCCUAGUUAAGCAAAGCACUUAAGCGUUGUUUUAAGAACAGUUAAGUCCAUCCCUCUUCUACAAAACUUUGAGGCACACAAAAUCCCACUGAGUGAGACUUGAGAAUGUGCUUAAAUGCUCUGCUGAAUAGGAAUAGACUUUUGCAUGUGCUUAAAUGCUUCGCUGAAUUGAGGCCUCAGUCACUGUCUUGCAACAGAAUUUUACUCCAGUGUUUGACCGUGCACAGUAUUGCUCCCGGGGCCGAGGGAGUCUAGGAGCAUAAGCAACAGUUACUUUGUAGAGUGAUUUGGUUACUGCUUGUCUCAUGUUCUGUCAAAUUGAUGUAGACUCUGUUGAACCCAGUUGAAUGCACUGAUAAUGCAUUGUUUACUGUUUAGAAGAUAACCAGUCUAUGGACAUGGAAUAGCCAAUGUGUUAUGUGACCAAACUUUCUAACAUCAACACUAUUUGUUUGAGUGUAAUCUUUGUUUUCCAGUUCAAGAUAUUGUUGCAGAUGAAUUCACUGUGACAAAAAAAUAUAAAUAGGGGUGGACUAUAUGUAAUAGCAGUUGUACUAAGAAAUGUUUAAUAAAUAUUUUGAUAUACUGCACUCAGUCUUCAUAUGGAAACAACUGGCAACUAACCCUAGGCUUAGGUGUGUCAACCCUUUUUGUUUUGCAAAACACAUCAGCUUUGAGAUAUUUAAGUAAUAAUGUAUUUAAUCUAUUAUCCAUGCUGCAUUCAAGUACUAAUUGUCUUUAUAGUUAAAAUUAUUAAAGAAUUUUGUUUUAAAUAAGA